GUACCACUCCACACAAUCUUUAUCUGCAUGGCUCAGUCGCCUGCGCCCUUUCUCUUCCUUGACAUCCGUCCUCUGUAUUUGUUCACUCCAUGUCGUUGAGCGCCGGUCGUUCCCUAACAAACAACUCGCUCCUUUCGGCCUCCCGGGAAAUGCUUGCGCCCUACUGCUGACUGCCAAUCCUAUCUAUCUAUCCUACGCCCAGAUCCGACAAUGAGCGCGUCAAACGAUGGAUCCGAGUCCGUGGAUCAGUUCCUGGCUCGGAUCGCCAGUCUGAACUCGAAACAAGGCCAGGAGGAGGCGGAGCGUUCGAAAAGAAUGGAGGAGGAGAUGAUGCAAGCUAGAAAAGAAAGACAGGCGAGAAGAGCUGAACGUGCCCGUUCUCUGUCUCCUUCGAAAACUGGCCCCACGCCGUCUUUGCGGCUUGUGGGUGACACUGCAGCCAAAGCUGGCGCUGGUAUUGAUCCUCCAGUCGCUCUCACACCUCCGUCCAAGUCACAAACGCAUGGUCGAGCCGGGUCCAUGUCGCCCAAAGGAGGUCGCACAGCACUGUCGUCCGUGGAUCUCUCGCGGUCCCUUCCACGUCCUCCUCCUGAUAUGCAGUCGAUGCCGAGCCCACCUGCAAAUGCCACUGCUCUGUCACGGAGUGGAACAUUAUCGUGGCAACAACGGCCGUUGUCGAGAGGGACCGGCUCAUUUAGGUCAAGACCACAAUCAAUCGCGUCUCUUGCCGAUGUCAGUCCGACCCCACGACCAGAACAACCAAGACCCUCCGACGAGAUAUCGAGACAAGAUAUUGCAGCUUCUCUGGGUUCGAAAGAUCCAUCCUGGUUUCGCCAAACCGCAGACAGAGGUCUGAAUUCCGCUGCGUAUCGGAAGAAUGAUGGUGCUACUGAUGGAUCUGCUUCUUUCUCAGGCCGGAGCAUGCGACUUCCUGGGAUGUCAAGAGAGUUCAAUAACACUAACGAGCGUUCCAAGGCAGAGCCACAAUCAUCUACUCCGACUACUUCACCGCAGAAGCAGGCAUCGACACCGACGCUAGAUCAUCAUCAGACACCCGUUCUAGAGCCCUCACACUCCAGCAGACCAGCUUCCAUGGCGGCGACAUCCCCGGCUAGAUCUCCAGUACUAGACUUGCCCACCUUCAAGCCUCUGGACCUAACAAUGGGUCAAGAUUCUGACGCACCUGGAGUUGGGCGCACUCCAAGCCUGCUCUCAUCGGCAGCGCGCCCAGCCUCUCCCACGAAGGGCUUGGGGGGCUUUGUCCAAAGCGCAAUGAUGAAGAGAUCCGACAGUGUCAGUAAGAGAUGGAGUGUUCAGGCCAAUGCUGGCUUGAAACGUGGAGAUUCUAUUGCUAGCGCCCAACCCGGCAAUCUGUCCAGCUUCAGCCCCGGCCACAGUCGGAAUUCCUCCAAGGAUGCAAGGGCUUUAGUAGAGGGCAACUCUUCACCACUGUCAAGUUCAAGACCCGUUUCAAGCCAUGGGUUGGAUUCUGUGGCUCCUGCAAGGGGACGACCGCUCACACAAUCCGAUAGCAAAGAAGUUGAAUCACACUCUCCGUUUUCCAAACCCGUGGAGCCAUCGGAACCAACUUCUCAGCGCUUCAAAGAGCGACCGACCACUCCGCCACCACCCGAAUCACCACUGGGCCGAAGCCCUUCCAAAACUAUGGAUCCUCGCCGCUGGAGUCCAACAAAGGCGAGCUGGCUGGAGAGUGCCUUGAACAAACCCGAUUCUCCACGAUUCACGCCUGCUAAACCUGAAAUACCAGCGUGGAAGCUGAACAUGCAGCGCUCAAAGCUGGAGCAGCAAUCUCAGACAUCGGAGGGGCCUUCGCAAAUUGGACCAAAGCCUAAGGCUACAGCUGAUCAACUACAGUCGGCAUCUUUGGGGCCAGCAUCACCACUUAGAGGUACUAUCAGAGAAAAAGCAGCUCCCAACUCAACACCGCGGAGUGAAAGCUUAGACAAAAGCCUAGAAAUAGCGCAGAAUACCUCCGACAAGCCAGGUCCCGUAUUGUCAACAGAAGCCGAUGCCGAGAGAAAGGCUGCGAAGCCUGUUGUUCCGUUGAAAAGAAAUGUCACACCUGUGUCGGCAAAGACAUACUCUGUUGAAGGAAAAAAGGAUGCCCCACUGAGCCAGGCUCAGACGGAGACAUCAGAGAGCAAAGAAGACAAUAAUGUGGCUGAGAAGAUUGAGCAUAAACCUAGCACCAGACCGCUUCCCCCAAACCCCAAACCGCAGACUCCUCCCAAAACGGAUUUCCGAAGCACCUUGAAGUCACGGGGAGCGACUCCAGGAGGCGGUAACGAUGCCGAGCCUGAGUUCAAGGCAGUCUUUGGCAAACUAAAGCGAACUCAAACUCAGAAUUAUGUUGCCCCUGACGUCCUCAAGGAUAACAUUGCUAGAGGGAAAGCUGCACUAAACACUACUGGGGGCCCACAAAAGACGAAGCGUGUCGAUGUUUUUAAAGAAAGUAUUCUUCAGAAAAAGGAAGCAAUGAAGGCAGGUGGAGGUUCGGCUGGGAAGCGGCCCGUGUCGGGCCCUUCGAUAGACGAUCCCACAGACUCAGUACCAGAAGCACUGGCGAGACGAAAAACCUUGCAUCGGACGGCCGCUUCUAUGGAAAAAGUCGACGCCACAAAAGCAUCUGAUUCUCCUGACUGGGCAACGUCAGUGGCUCCCACACCUGAAAAGGGCCCUAAGAAACCCCCAACGCUGAAGAACAAGAUGUCUGUAUCUUCUCACAUCACGAGCGAGAUGCCAUCGAAGCUCAAAGAUACUUCAUUCGAGCAAGACAAAUCAGAACACAUAAAACCGAUGCCUGUCACGGAAGCCUCAAUUUCAACUCCUAAACGGGUGCAAGCACCGACCAUAGGCGCCAAAAAGCCUGCAGAGGCUUUCAAUGCUGCGCCGGCUCCUUCAGACACAGCCAAGGUGCCAGAAAAUAGCAAAAUUGCUGCACGAUUGAAUCCUGCACUCGCUGGCCUUCUGUCUCGUAGCGGAAGCCCAAGACUGCCAGGAGAGCAAGCAUCCCAAAACAGCAGCAAUUACCAAGUGUCGUCGGGCGAACGAGAAUCGAGCCCAGGCGCAUCAAACAAUGCCCAGGAGUUGACGCAUAUGACCAAAGGUCGAGCAAAAGGCCCAAAGAGAAGAGUUCCAAAGUCUGGUCUGCCAUCCAAAGAAGCCACAUCCUUGAGGAAAGAAGAGAUCGCAGAGCGCUCGAAUACAUUGGCCUCCAGUGGUUCUUCUGCAACAGGGGCUGAACUGAAGCCCGCCGCUCUGUCCUCAUCGCGGUCCCUGGGCCUAAAACCUCUAUCAACACAACCACAGUCCAAGGAUGAGUCUCCAGAGAUUCCUUCAGAUGAAGCGAAGGCAGCAGUUCCAGAAGUGUUGCAAAAGCCUGCUCCUCCAGAAGCAAAGCCCAGAAUCUUUCAUCAACUUGACGGCGCUUUCUCCAAUGCUCGUUCUCCGGCGCCAGACUCGACGUCAAAACCUCGACCUGCCGUGGCAAACAAAUCUGCAGAAGUUCGGAAGGUGUCACAGCCGGCCACGCCUAAAAAGUUUGACGUUCUCAACGAUCGUUCUCAGGCUGUAACGUCGCCUCCUGUGUCCAGCGGAGACAGGACGAGCCCCCCAAGUUCUGCACGACCUUCGGCCAUGCCAUUGACCCCAAGCAAAUCAAAGUUGAACACACCAAAGGCCGCCAAAAUUCCUACAGGAGGUCCGAUCAAACCUGCCAUUACAACUCCUGCUUCCAGGAGCCAUGGACUUGGGGUACAGUUGGGCGCGUCCACCCAGCAAGUGGUUGGCACACCAGAGCUUACGCCGCCACCUGAGGCAGAAGUCGCUUCUGCUCGAAUGCUUACUUCCUCUCGCAAGACACCAUCACCGUCAAAGCCAUCGCCCAUAGUCAAGCCUCGGCUCCAAAAAUUCUUCGGCGAUUUACCUUCGGCGAGGGACCGGGCAGACUUCAAUACGGAAGCUUUCUUGUCCUCACAAUACACCAAUGCUGAGAAACCGAGGACCAUUUCAAAUCAGAUCUGGGAAGUAACAGGCGAUGGUAAGAGAAGCCCAAUGCCACCUCAACAGGAGCAUAUUCUAUUUGAAGACUGCAUGUAUUUGUUGGUGCAUUGCAUGCAGUCUGCCAAUGGCCAUAAAGCAAAUGAAGUCUAUCUCUGGUGCGGAGAUGAAGUCCCGGAAGCCAGCGUUGAAGAUGCCCAAUUGUUCUGUCGAAAGGUUGCGCGUGACAACAGUGCUAAGUUGCAGGUUGUGAAACAGGGCAAAGAGAGCUCGGAGUUCUUCCAAGCAUUGGGUGGGAUUGUCAUCAUCCGCAGGAACAAGACUUCGGCCCUGUAUAUGCUGUGCGGUAGGCCACAUCUUGGGCACGUCGCCUUUGAUGAGGUAGACCUUGUGACAUCCAGCCUAUGCUCGGGAUUUCCUUUCCUCAUUUCUGCUAGAUUUGGGAAACUGUAUCUUUGGAAAGGUCUUGGUUCGAAUCAACAAGACGUUGGAUGCGCAAGACUUAUCGGCAUGGACUUGGGCCUUACCGGCGAGAUUGAGGAGGUUGAAGAAGGGCAAGAACCUUCCGGCUUCUGGGAUGCGUUCCCGACCAAGUCUCCAAGACGGACGAGCUCAACGGGACGUACUGGAGCCACCCAAGUAAACACCCAUUUACCCAAACUCUAUCGAGUUGAGCACGAUAGACCAAAGUCGUCAGGAGGCUUUUGGGGUCUCCGUCCGGCUUCGCCUCCAAAGCAGUCCAACUUGGCAGUCCUGGAAGAAAUUGUCCCAUUUACGCAGCAAGAUCUAGACUCCAGUCAUAUACACCUGCUCGACAUGUAUCAGGAGCUUUAUGUGCUCGUUGGUGAUUCAGCCAAAAAGCCCGCAGAAUUUGUGACUGCUGUCCAGGUCGCACAAGAGAUGGCCGUUCUCGCGCCAUCGAUCCAAGACCGGCCCCUCUUACCUGCCUGCUAUGUGAUCAUGGGUGAUCCUCCUGAAAACGUCAAGAACAUCUUCCGAAAGUGGCGAGCGGCUAGAACGGUGGACCCAGGCGAAUCUAUGUGUGUACCUGUAGCAGAUGUACUGCAAGACCUUGGCAUUACACUGUAAUAUUCUCUACAUAUUCUGUUGAGGGCAUGAACGAAUACGAUGUCCUCUAAAAGCAUCGUUCUCGCUUUACUUCUUUUCAGCGACCAUUUGGGUACGCACAUGUUUGCACACUUUACACGAUGGAUGAACAGAUCACGGAGGCAAUUUGUCGGGAUGAGGCGAAACAUGGAUGGAGUUGAAUUGCAUGAUACGAUUAAAAGACACCACGCAGCCGCGUAACGGACUUGACGUUGGUCUCGAUCUCCAGAUGAAAUCCUACUAGACUCAUACGCGCAAGCAUUUGCUGUAAUCAAGAUAUCAUUGCGG